UUCCAUUUCAGUAAGAUGCCCGCAAAACAGACUUUAGUUUUUCUGUUAUUACAGCUGAUAUGCUUCUUAAGAACUGGAACUUGUGGAAAAGUGCUGGUAUGGCCCACAGAAUACAGCCAUUGGAUCAAUAUAAAGAUGAUUCUCGAUGAACUUGUGAAGAGAGGUCAUGAAGUGACUGUUCUGACAUCUUCAGCUUCCGUCCUUAUUGAGCCUAGUAAUGAAACUUCUAUUAAUUUUGAAAUUUACUCUGUACCAUUGAGUAAAGAAGAUCUUGACAAUGUGUUUGGAAAAUGGAUAGGUGAUCUAACAAACAAAUUUCAAGAUUACCCAUUUUGGACAUAUUUUUCUAAAAUGCAAAAAGUCCCUAGUGAAUAUUCUGAUGUUAUUGAAAAUUUCUGCAAAGCUGUAGUUUGGAACAAGCGUCUUAUGAAAAAGCUCCGAGAAUCUAAGUUUGAUGUCAUUCUCGCAGAUGCCAUAGGUCCCUGUGGUGAGCUGCAGGCCGAACUGCUUAAGAAACCUUUAGUGUACUCUCUUCGCUUCUGUCCUGGAUACAAGUGUGAAAAGUACAGUGGGGGACUUCCACUCCCUCCUUCCUAUGUGCCUGUGGUUUUCUCAGAAUUAAGUGACCGAAUGACAUUUCUGGAAAGGGUGAAGAAUAUGUUGCAACUACUGUAUUUUGACUUUUGGUUUCAAACAUUUAAUGAGAAGUCGUGGAGUCGGUUUUACAGUGAAGCUCUAGGGAGACCCACAACGUUAGGUGAGAUGAUGGGGAAAGCAGACAUUUGGCUCAUUCGAACUUACUGGGACUUGGAAUUUCCUCACCCACUCUUACCUAAUUUUGAUUUUGUGGGAGGACUCCACUGCAAACCAGCCAAACCACUGCCUGAGGAAAUGGAAGAAUUUGUUCAGAGCUCUGGAGAACAUGGCAUUGUGGUGUUUUCUCUGGGGUCAAUGUUUAAAAACAUAACAGAAGAAAAGGCCAAUAUAGUUGCAUCAGCUCUUGCCCAGAUUCCACAGAAGGUUCUGUGGAGAUUUGAUGGUAAGAAACCAGACACCUUAGGAUCCAACACUCGACUGUACAAGUGGAUACCCCAGAAUGACCUUCUUGGUCAUCCAAAAACCAAAGCUUUUAUAGCUCAUGGUGGAACCAAUGGCAUCUAUGAGGCAAUCUAUCAUGGCAUUCCAAUUGUUGGGAUUCCCUUGCGUGCAGAUCAACCUGAUAAUAUUAACCACAUGGUAGCCAAGGGAGCAGCUGUUAGAGUGGAUGUUCACACACUGUCAACUACAAACCUUCUCACUGCCUUGAGGACUGUCCUAAAUGAACCUUCCUAUAAAGAGAAUGCCAUGAGAUUGUCAAGAAUCCACCAUGAUCAGCCAGUGAAGCCCCUGGACAGAGCUGUCUUCUGGAUUGAGUAUGUCAUGCGCAACAAAGGAGCCAAGCACCUUCGCCCAGCUCUUCAUGACCUCAGCUGGUUCCAGUACCACUCUCUGGAUGUGAUUGGGUUUCUGGUGGUCUGUAUGGUAGCUGUGGUAUUCAUCAUCACAAAAUUUUGCUUCUUUUGUUGCCACAAGACUGCUAACCUGGGUAAAAAGAAGAAAAAAGAAUAGCUGCAUUGAAAUCUGAAGUGGAGAGUUCUGAGAGAUGAGCCUCUGCCAGUUGCUUCCAGCAAGAAAAGGUUUUCUUGUCGGGUUCUUUCCCCCUGAACCAAGACAGUGCCAGCAAUCUUCUUUAAAGAUUGCUCUCCCAGGUUCAUGUUUAAGCAGGCAUAUUUUCAUGUGAAAUAUAUGCUUGAGGCUAUAAAAAUAAAAUCGUGUGUUUGGUUUAGAAUGUUUGAUGCAACCGAGGAGCUAUUAUCUCCAACAAUCACUGAGCUUAACUGUGGUUUACAAAAUUCACAUGGGCAUAAAGCCUUCGAAAAGGCCCGUCUAAAUAUCAGUUACCUUUAUAAACACUCAAUGUUCUGUGACUUCA